GCCCGCGAUGGCGGCCGCGGCCCCGGCGGCCCCCGGCGAGGCCAAGCGCCCCGAGGGCGACGAGUGGUGCGACAGCGGGCUGGGCUCGCUGGGCGAGGGGCCGCUGGGGCCGCCGCUGCCCGCCAGCCCCGCGGCGGAGUCCCCCGAGCCCCUCGCUGACUCCGCGGCCUGGCUGCGGCACGUCCUGAGCUUCGUCACCGACGAGGGCGACACGGCCCUGCACCUGGCCGUGAUCCACGAGCAUCUGGAGUUCCUGGAGUCCAUCCUGCGGCACACGGAGCGCUCGCCCUACCUGGACCUGCAGAACGACCUGGGCCAGACCGCCCUGCACAUGGCCGUGGUGCUGGGGCUGGCGGGGGCGUUGGGGGCGCGCCGCCGUGGCCGUGCGGGAGCGGGGGGUCACACCCUGCACCUGGCCUGUCGCGAGGGCCACCCCGCCUGCGCCAGCGCCCUGCUGGGGACGCCCACCGACCCCGGACCCCCCGCGACCCCCGGAAGGAGGAGGAGGAGCGCGGCGCGCGCUGGACAGCAGAGGGGAAUGGUUUGGGUUUUGGGGGGUCCCAGGUGCUCGGGCAGGGCUUUGGACCCCCCCGAUGUCCCCCCACAGGUUACACCCCCUGCACGUGGCGUGCUGCGCCGGGACCCGGAGCUGGUGCAGCUCCUGCUCCGCGCUGGCGCCGACCCCGACCGGCGGUGGCCGAGCUGCGGCCGCAGCCCCUGCACUUGGCCGUGGGCGCAGAGCCCCGAGGUGGCCGAGUGUCUGCUGCGGGGGCGGCGGCGGACCCCGCACCUUCUCGGGGUUCACCCCCUGUACAGCGCCCGCCGCCGCCCCGACCCCCGCCUGCCGCCCCUCCUGCUCGGGGCCGCGACCCCCAGCAGCGACAGCAGCGACAGCGGCGACAGCGGCGGCGACAGCGAAGGGGGCGAGGACAGCGAGGUCAGUGCGGGGCCGCUCCCGCCCCGGCAGAGCGGGGGCUCCCGCCACGGUCCCCAGAGCCUCCCGACCCCCAAACCCUCCCGAGACCCCCAGACUCCCCCCAAAUCUCUGUCCCCCACCAGGACGAAGUACGGCGACAUCGUCAUCAACAGCCGGCGCUGCCCGGCCUGA